AUGGAUUUUGAAGAAUACAGAAAACACGGAAAGGAGAUGGUGGACUAUAUAGCGGAUUACUUGAAAAACAUCCGUGAACGCCGAGUACUACCGAAUGUGAAGCCGGGUUACAUGCGCCACCUGGUUCCCGACUCUGCCCCACAAGAUGGGGAGGACUGGAACGUUAUUAUGGAAGAUGUGGAGCGUGUAAUUAUGCCAGGGGUGACUCAUUGGCAAAGCCCCCACAUGCAUGCAUACUUCCCAGCCCUAAACAGUUUCCCGUCCUUACUUGGAGACAUGCUGGCUGAUGCCAUCAACUGCAUUGGCUUCACUUGGGCCUCUUGCCCAGCAGCAACAGAGCUGGAAACCAUUGUCAUGGACUGGCUGGGGAAAAUGAUUGGCCUGCCAUCAGAGUUUCUCCAUAGCAACAAACAUGCUAUGGGAGGUGGUGUCAUUCAGACAACGGCUAGCGACUGUACGUUUGUGACGUUGCUGGCGGCCCGUUCCGAUGCCAUCAGGCAUUACCGUGCCAACAACAACGACCUUGAAGAUGCAGAGGUCAAUGCCAGGCUGGUCGCUUACUGUUCCGACCAGGCGCACUCGUCGGUGGAGAAGGCGGGGCUUAUCGGACUUGUAAAAAUGCGGUUCUUACCAAGUGACGAAAACCUAAGUCUACGAGGGGAGAUCCUUCAAACAGCCAUAAACGAGGACCUCCAGGCCGGUCUUAUUCCCUUUUACCUAUGUGCGACUCUCGGGACAACAGGAGCAUGUGCGUUUGACAACCUCAGAGAAAUCGGACCAAUAUGCGAAUCUGAGGGUAUAUGGAUGCACAUAGACGCGGCUUAUGCUGGAACAGCGUUCAUCUGCCCCGAGUACCGGAAGUUCAUGACCGGAGUGGAGUAUGCGCAGUCAUUCGCUUUCAACCCAUCCAAGUGGAUGAUGGUCCAUUUUGAUUGCAGCGCCAUGUGGGUGAAGAACAGCGGUGCCCUACAUCGGACGUUUAAUGUGGAUCCGCUCUACCUAAAGCACGAGAACUCGGGUGCUGCAAUCGAUUACAUGCACUGGCAGAUCGCGUUAAGUCGGCGAUUCCGCGCCCUUAAGCUGUGGUUCGUCAUCCGAUCAUUUGGCGUGGACGGUCUGCAAAAACACAUUCGAGAGGGUGUGCGGCUUGCCCGGUACUUCGAGGAAAAGGUGAAAAAUGAUCCUCGGUUUGAGAUUCCCGCGGAGCGGCAUCUCGGAAUGGUCGUGUUCCGCCUGAAGGGGGACAAUGCACAAACGGAAGCGCUUCUCCAAACUCUGAACAGGGGCGGCAAACUACACAUGGUACCGGCCAGUAUCAAGGGGAAAUACAUUAUCCGGUUCACCGUGACCUCGACAUACACCUUGGAACAAGACAUUGACCGAGACUGGAAUAUCAUCAAACAGACGUACGCUAGGAUCGUGCGAGAUGACUCGGCGGAGUCAUUGGAGGACGAGGUUUUCGAAGAAGCGCACGAGAAGAAAACGGUGAAAGAGAAAGAAAAGACAUCAUGGAAAAAGAACCGGGAGUUCGGCAUGUCUCUCGUCCUGAGUAACGUCCCUAUGUCCCCGAAAUUCGUGAACGGGAGCUAUGCAGCUUUCUUUGACAAUAUGCUUGAAUUUGCGAAGGAAAUCACACGUACGGACUGCACUGAGAGACCGAUUCGACUUUCACCGCGCAGGCGCACGCACCUGAGGGACCAAUCAAAACAACAGAGCCUCGAUAUCGGAUCGCUCUCGGCCAAUAGGAAUCAUCCAUUUUCCAAGCAGGGUUCACUUGACAGCAAGGUUGAAGAAAUAUUAGAGAGCUAUUCGAACGGUGGAUAUGUCAUCAAGUAUGAACUGUACCCGAAAGAUCUAUCUGCUUUGACUGAAAACGAGCAAGAGGAAAAUGACACUGUUCUAAAAAUAGAAGUUCCGGUACACACUAACUCAGCAACGAGCGAAACUACCGGCAAGAAAAAGGUGGAGACAAAAGACGCUUCAAAUGGUGUGAGGAUGUUCUGCAAGCACUGUGGCCAUCCGGUUGAUGUUGACGUCUGA